AACGGGUAGUCAUGGCUGUCCCUCUGUUGACGAAGAAGAUCGUGAAGAAACGUGUGAAGAAGUUUAAGAGGCCGCAGAGCGACCGCAAGAUCUCUGUCAAGCCUAGCUGGCGUAGGCCCAAGGGUAUUGAUUCUCGUGUCAGGAGAAAGUUCAAAGGAUGUGUGUUGAUGCCCAAUAUUGGUUAUGGCUCAGACAAAAAGACUCGCCAUUAUCUUCCUAAUGGGUUCAAGAAAUUUUUGGUGCACAAUGUUACGGAGCUUGAACUACUGAUGAUGCACAACAGGACUUACUGUGCAGAGAUUGCACACAAUGUGUCUACAAAGAAGAGAAAAGAAAUUGUAGAACGUGCUGCUCAGCUCGAUGUUGUUGUUACAAACAAACUUGCCAGGUUGCGCAGCCAGGAAGAUGAAUGAGCUAGAGGCAAUAUUUUCCCUGCGAUGCAAGUGGUAUAUCUGAUGAUGCUAAAGUUAGUAGGAAGCUGCUGUUUGCGUAGUUUUCUUUCGAUGUUUUUUUUUGACAAUGGUUUCUGGAAUCUUUUCUGUAGCUAUUGCAAGCUAGUGUGAUUUUAGUCCACUGGGCUGUGGAAGACUAAUUUGGUGUUUACUUUGGU